AUGGCAACCGCCGAAAAAGUUGAAGACCUCCCAAAGUUGCCGUCGGAGAUCAUCCGCGGGAUUCUUGCGUGGCUGCCGGUGAAGUCGUUAUGCCGAUUCAGGUGUGUCAAAAAGUCUUGGAAUUCUCUAAUCCUUGACCCUCACUUUGUGAAGUUGCACUAUGACAAAGCCAUUGAGCAUGAGGAUGUGUUCUACCAAAGAAGAAGCGUCUUCAUUAGUGAUAUGUGGACUCUUUACUCUAUCGACCUCGAUGAGUGUCUCAAUCGUAUUAAUCUUGAUGAUUAUUCUGGGAAUUGUGUUUUAGUAGACAAUACAUAUCUUCAAGAUUUUAUGGGUUUGGUGAUUCAUAGCAAUGGCUUGUUGUUCAUGCGGUCAUGUUAUCAUGAAUUUAGUUUGUUUAACCCCGCCAUCAGCCAGACCAAGAAUUUACCUAUUCCACCAACGUAUGAUACUUGGUCUGAUGAAGUGUGUGGGUUUGGAUUUGAUCUGUCUACCCUAGAUUACAAGGUGGUUCAUGGGCUUUUCUGUCAAGAUGAACUUAGGUUUAGUGUUUAUUCAUUGAAAACCGGUUCUUGGCGAGUGAUUCAAAGUGGAUACCCCUACAAAUAUCGAACACCGGCGAUGGAUGGGAGACUGGUGAAUGGAGGAGUUCAUUGGUUGGUUCGUAGAGUCCAUGACAGAUCAUCUAUGGUGAUCGUAUCUUUCGUUUUAGCAGAGGAGGAUGUUCGUGAGAUUCCUCUGCCGCCUGAUUUUAAUAUUAUUGAAGGUGAAGAUGAAUAUUAUCUCAGCGUCUUCCAGGAAUGCUUAUGUGUGGGUAAAAAGGAUGAUCUAGAGUUUUGGGUCAUGAAAGAAUACGGAGUGGCCAAAUCCUGGACUAAGAUAAGCAUCUCCCUACCCUUUACUGAAGGGUUACAUUCCGGUUUUGUGAAGAAAAAUCAUCAUCUAUUGCUGCUGCAAGAUCAAAUGCAACAGCGGAGCAAGUCUAUUUCCUCCCCAGAGGACACAAGCCGGUUUAGCUGUAGUGAUGCAUAA